UCUCACAUCUAAGCCAUUAUUUGAAUUACAUACUAAUAUUAUUCAUCUAUUUGAUAAAGGGUGCGAGCGGUAAUUCUAAAUUAUGGCACCAUUUAUAUUUGUCAAAUCACCAGUGACGUAUGGGGUAAAUAAUAAUUUGCGUCCCCGUGUUAUCUGAACGGAUGAUAAUUAUGACGCCUUUUUAAACAAAGUUUGCAUUGACACCUGCCUAAUUUACCUCUUUUUUUUUUAAUAGGAUGGCAAUAGCAUAUAACCAGCUUGUAAUAUACUUGUUAUAUACUUCUUGUUGUUGCGUCUUGAGUAUAAAUAAAAUAUUUAUUGUAUAUAAGAUUAUAUGGCAUGUAAUAAAAAUGUAUUAAGAAAUCAUGGUUAAAUUCAUAAUUUACAGCGCAGUACGGUGACGCAUUUGGCGACUGUAUAGAUGAUUAAAGUUUAAUUUAGAUGUUUUCGGCACGUGCGUCACGCCGCAGUCGCGUGCUACCCUUCAGCGCAAUCAAAAGUUUAUUAUUCUCAACUACAAAUUUUAAAAUGUAUCAUAAAUUAUUUAUGCAUUAUGUGUGUAUUUUUUUUUUAUUUCUAUACUUUAACCCACCUGAGAUUUAAUAAAGAGUCAACUCCGAAACGAUUAGGAAACUGGCAGGUCCCACGUUGGGCGCCAACACGGGCACGCCCUAUGGAAAUGAGACCUAACCCUAAACCCAUUUGUGACCUCAACGGACAUUUCUUACCCGGUGCACCUCGAGGAUCAUCUAGAUGUUUCGGACACUUCACUGGGACUUGGGAUUUACCGAGAAAAAUAACCAGAAAAGUUGCCGAGGAACUCGCGAAGGAGCCUCCGGACAGCAGAUUUCCAGAUUGGAUAAAUCUUCGCGUCCAACGCCCGAAGGCUGCAUCACGCAUGCGUGGGGGAAAGCGCGGUAAAGAAAAGGAACAACAAGAGGAAGACGAGCAGAGUUUUACACCUAAGCAAUGUCCGUACCACAAACGAAAGCAUUAAUCUACGAGGACUAAUAGCCAAGAUUAAAAUACUUUUGAAUAACAGUGUAUAAUUAUAACUUAAAUAAAAAAAAAGCUUACUUA